AUUGUGUUGCUAUACGUCAGCCACUUUUGACGAUCUAGAAGCAUGUCUCGAAGAUAAGAUAGUUUAAUAAAAUUUCAAAACUGCUUUAUUUAUAUCGAAACAUCAGAUUUAUGCAUUAUUCAAUAUGCAAGAGUUUCUACUAUCAUACAAAACACAAUCACAAGAAACCGCCUGGCAAUUAAUGAUAGUACGUGUAAUUUCUACAUUAAUUCGACUAAGGCUUCAAAAACAUUCCAAUGUCUGAAUUUUUACCGAAGGUCUUUUAUUCACACAUGUAUGCACGGGUUCAUGUCUAUUAUUAUUUAAAUAUCACGUAUCACAACAUCCGUGUUUUAAAUAAGUAUGUGCUUAUAUCGAUUAUCUUUACGUUUAGUGUUUAUCACGAAAACCACGUAUCAUAUGUCUUUUUAAUGCAGUACACAAUGUAUAUAUAAGUGCUAGCUUUUUCUUCGUUAAGGUAAGAAAUCUUGACCAUUUCUAUCUCUGGAUAUUUGUUGACAUCAUUUUAUUACGAUAGAAUAUGUACAGAUUUUUCCUAUUGUCACUAUUUCUCACCGUGCAGUUCACUGCCACACUAUCUGACACACCCCAACAGAUCGUGACCAAAUACAAAAACUAUCACACAAUAUGCAAUGGGCUGGGAUACAAAGAAAAAUCUUGUGGAAACAAAGGUGUUGUCGCAUUCCAAGCCCUGCUAAAGAAUUCAAUAUCAAAUCUUGGACAACAUAAUUCGGUUAAAUUUGACACAGUGAAGCUAAAUGAAGGAUCCGGAUAUGACGUAAAAACGGGAAAAUUUACUGCUCCGGAGGAUGGGAUGUACUCCUUUAGCUGGAAUGUUCGAAUUUACUCGGGAAAGGAGUUUCAUACAGAGAUUGUUAAGAAUGGUAACGUUGUUGCUUAUAAUUACGCUGAUGGAAACAUGGUGAAAAGUGGUUAUUACCUGACAAGCUCAUCCACGGUCAACAUCAAAAUGAAGAAAAGAGAACAAGUGUGGAUCAGAACACACUACAAAGGACAGUACCUACAUGGUGGUUAUUUUUCAUAUUUUUCUGGUUUUAAAUUGUAGCCAUUCAAUCCAAUUUGACAAUAAAUAUAUGCGUUUCCCU